UGAACUGAGUUACAUGUUUUAUACACGUUCGUUUUUGGUUAUUUUGUGAUUUAUCAUCCGAAAUAAGUGAACGAUGCUGUCCCCGCACGACGACGACGAGGAGGACGACGACAGCCAUCUGUGCAUCAAAUGUAACACCACAAUCGUCGGUCUGGAUAACUACGUCCGACAUAGGAAGCAACGAUGUGGCAAAGACAAAAAUCCCCCGAAAUCCGUACUACCUAUCGACGCCUUGGAGCCUACGUACGGCCUCGGCGCUGACUUCUUUUUCCAAUCCUUGGAGCUUCAGAGUAGCGUUAAAAAGUCGUCCCUAUCCCGCCUAACACCUCCCACGUCUAUAUCUAAAUCUGCAAUUGAUAACACUAGCUCCUUACAAGUUGCCACAACAUCCCGGGAUGUACCCCGCAUGAGUCCUUUAGAAGGAAACUUGAGAGGCGAAGAUUGGAUCGGUGGUCAUAGUCUGAAAAUUGGAGGAAACGAAGAUAAUCAAACUAAACUUAUCAAAGCAGUCGCCAGCAUUAGCGGCGCUGUAAAGAAAGAUAUACAAUCUCAUUCCUAUAACAUAGGUCCAUUCAACGAUUUUAAACCAGAUGACGAUUCCGAUGAUCUCGAAGACUUGGAGGACGACGAAGAUGAUGACCAGGGAUCGAAGUGGAAGCCUCCGCCGACGUAUACGGGAGGAAAAUGGCGGCCGUACUCGCCAGAAAACGAGGAAUGGGACGUAAGGGAGGAACAGGAGCACACUGGAGGUAAAUGGAAACCGCCUUGUACGCCUGACGCGCAGGAGCGAGACGAAGAUUAUGAUGCACCUCCACCGGGACACACCAAAGGAAAAUGGCUGCCCGGAGCUAAUGAAAAAACUCAAAUCAUGCAAACCACAAUACAGAACAGAGGCUCGGUGCAGUACUGGUGUGGACCCUGCAAUAGAAGACUAGGCUCGAGAGCUAUUUACGAGAAACAUUUAAAAUCUAAUCUGCAUAGACGUAAAGUUCUACCUGAACAUGACUUGGAGUUCUCGGGACAUAUCAGACCAAUCAGUGACUCCAUCAACAAGAGAGUUUCGCGUCCUUCUCGCUAUCUAAAUGAAACUAUAUAUUUGCAGCCCUCGAAGAAAGCGUCCGAGCUAAAAUCUACAAACCAAAGUACAGCAAAAUUAAAAAUUAAAAUAAAGAAAAAGAAACGGAGAAGAAAUCCCAUGUACGUAAACUGCUCGGGCUGCAACUCCAGGGUACGAACGCACUUGAUGGGCAAGCAUUUGAUCUCGCACUAUCAUUUCCGUAAAGUUAGUGACACCAAAAGUGAUGUCUAUCGGCAGCUGAUCCUCGACAACAUGGAUGCCAUCGUCCACCAGUCGCCUUUCCAAUGCAGCCCUUGCAAAUUCUACACCAACUGGCUCUCUAAUUUCAUCCAGCACUUCUAUUCGGACGAGCACACGCGGACAGUCAACGCCAUGGAAGGCAGGUACUGGUGCUCGUUUUGCAAAUUCGAAUGCGAUCUGUCUGACCUGAUGCUGAACCACCUGACCAGCUCGGAGCACGGGGACGUGGUCGCCGCCGUGAAUAGAUCGAUGCCGAUCAUCAUCCGCAAGAAGACGAUAUUCCAGUGUGAAACCUGCGGGGAAGAGUUCAGGUACAACAUAGCGGUAAAGAAGCACUGCCUCCGAACCAACCAUAGAAUGCUGCACACCGCGGCUGAUGAUUAUCAGCAGUUGCACCAGUGUGCACAUUGCGAGCAAAAGUUCAAGUCCUCCCGCACGCUAGCAGCCCACUUAAAAUCCAAGCAUAAACAGAAGGCCUACCUGUGUCUGGUCUGUUCGAAGUCCUUCGACAGUGCCGACGAAGUUAAGGCCCAUAGAGAGAGCUCCGAGCACAGAGUAAUAGCUCGUAAACAGAGACUACACAAGAUGGGUCUGCCAGCUACAGAACUGCGGAAAAAGUGUCCGUACUGCACCGAAACCGUGAUGUUGCCUACAGUCCUAGAACUCAAAGAUCACAUCCGUGAAGUGCAUCCCAAUAUUAAAAAGAAGUGUCCGCACUGUGGAAAAUCGUUCAUCUUACCCCAGGAAGUGUCGCGACAUAUCCGAGACGGCGCCUGCAGCAAGCCCGAGGUGAGCGGAGCCGGGAUUCUCUGGAGCUGCAACCAGUGUUCCUACACCACCGACUCCCAGGCGGAGUGCUUCUUCCACGAGACCCUGCACUCAGACCCCGUGUCCAUCGAGAGGGGUCCAUCGAAGACCGUCAUCAAGAAGUAUAAGUGCUCCUUCUGCGAUCGGAUCUUUAAGAAAUCUUACCUUCGUGAUCAUUUAAGACAACAUACCUUCGAGAGGCCCUUCGCCUGUUCCAUUUGUGGCGCCAACUUCACCAGGCAGUCCAGCCUGGCUUAUCACUCGCGGACCGAGCACAGCACGCCGAAGGUGCCGUUCGAAGUAGUACAAGAGAUGGAGGAUGGACGGGAGUUUAGAUGUCAGAGAUGCAGGCGAAGAUUUGUUAAUGGGCUUGCACUUUCCCAGCACGCCGCGCGGUGUGAGGAGGGGUGCGAGGGGGACCGGCGGUGCACUUACGAUGGCUGCACUUAUGUGGCAGUGUCGUAUGCUCAACUUGACAAACACAUUGCAACGCAUGAGGAUCGUAAAAAGUAUAAAUGCUUAUUGUGUAGCUUCAAAACGAAUCAAGCCACCCAUCUCAGAAGACACAUGGUCAGCCACGAAGGAACAAAACCAUACGCUUGUCCAUAUUGUGAAUUCAGCUGUGCCAUUCAGGAGAAUCUCCGAAAGCACGUGCUCAAAACUCGUCACCGCGGCUGCAAUCUGUACAGAUGUCGCCACUGUGACUUCGGCGUGGACCUGGCUAAUGCUUUCCGUCUGCACCUCCUCAACGACCAUCCCCUUGAAUACGACGCUCAAACUGCUUUAAAGACCGUUAAGGAAUAUCACAUGAAAAGAAAUGAUUAA